UGUUUUAUCGAAUUAUUAAUCCCGAAGAGAUUCAGCAUGAGAAAACUUUGGGUGGGGGCUUAGAGAAGUUUGCUUAUCAUGUGGAAGUGGUCGGAGGGAUGAUACCUUUUUGUAAUAGUUGGGCUUUAAAUUCUACUGACAUAAAACUCUUAGAAAGUUUAAAUAAAGAAAUAGCUGACUUGAAAAAGCAAAUUCAAGCCUUAACUAUUUUAGCCGAGGAUAGAAAAGCUAAAUUAAGCCAAGAACAACAGGCUCUUAUUAAAUUAGCCAAACAAAAACUGACCAAUAAAAAAGAGGCUGCUGAACUCUUAAACCAACUUACCCAGAACUGA